AUGUCUGCAAGAUACCCAUUCGAACUAAAUGAGAUCAAGGCUGCGCUCCAUCAAGGAGCCAUUCAAGAUAUUUUCAUAGAUUCCAUGACACCACUCGGCGUUGAGGUUGAACGAUCGACGAGGCCAACUUCGAUAGAGCUCUCCAAGGAUGAAAGCGAGCUGACGGAUCCUACAUCACAUCCAGUUUGUGUUACGCUCCAAAAACUAGGCAAAUCUGAAGAUGAAUCACGAGAAGAGAUUAUCCACGCUAAAUUUGUUGUCGGUGGUGAUGGCGCUCGCUCAUGGACCCGCAAACAACUCGAUAUUACGAUGGAUGGAGAACAAUCUAAUUCCACCUGGGGCGUCGUGGACCUUACUGCUGACACUGAUUUCCCGGAUGUCAGGAAUAAGACCUUUAUACAUUCUAACCAUGGCUCAGUCAUUUUCGUUCCUCGAGAAAAGGAUCGCAUUCGCAUAUAUGUACAACUGGAGGCUAAUGAUGUCAUCGAUCCAGUGUCAGGCAGAGUAGACAAGGAGAAAAUAGGUCCAGAGCAAAUUCUUAAAACUGCCCAGAAGGCGCUUGAACCUUACAAGGUUAUCCGGAAGAGUGAAUUUUUGUGGUGGACGAUAUAUAGCGUUGGACAACGAGUGGCCUCACAGUUUUCCAUCAAAAAUAGAGUAUUUAUCGCUGGCGAUGCUUGCCACACGCACUCUCCAAAAGCAGGACAAGGGAUGAACGCAAGUAUCAACGACAGUCGUAAUCUAGCUUGGAAAAUUUCCCUAGUUGUUCGUGGGUGGGCAGACAUGUCCCUUUUGUCAACGUAUGAAUCAGAGCGCCGUAAAUUCGCAUUAGACCUGAUCGCGUUUGAUAAAAUGUGGGCCGCCCUUGUCUGUGGCAAGCCCUUGACUGUGCCGAGCAGCAAUGGGGUGUCGCCCGAUCAUUUCUUGAAGACUUUCCAAACAGACUUCACCACUGGCGUUGAGAUACAUUAUCAGCCUUCAGUUGCAGUAAAUGAUAGGAAUCAGGAGUUGGCCGUUGGCCUCGUCCUCGGAAAACGUGUACCUCCGCACAAACUCAUGCGGGCAGCAGACGCAUGUCCAUUCGAGCUCCAGGAUCUUCUUCCUUCGGACUGCCUCUUCAAGUUACUUGUUUUUACCGGCGAUUUCAGCGAUCCGCUUCAGCAAGCGAGGGUCGAGUCGAUGGUCACGGACAUGCAGAAACCUGAGAGUUUCCUGAAUCGUUACGCGACGCCUGAGAAUCCACGAUUCGAUGUCAUCACGAUCAGCAAAGGCCAGAAGUAUGAAUUUGGUUUCCUGCGGCUCCCUACGCUUCUUCGCUCUCAUUGGUCAAAGGUGUUUAUCGAUGACACCGAUGCCACUGGUAGCUUUGGGGGAGGAGGUUACUUAUAUUUACACUACUUAUAUUAUGGAGUGGGAUCUGAGGGGGCGCUGGUUGCUGUUCGUCCUGAUGGCUAUGUUGGAGCCAUCGCACCACUGGAUCGCGUUGAGGUCCUUGAUGCGUAUUUUGCGUCUUUCAUGAAGAUUGCUGCUUAG